CUGCACCCAUCCGGCUUUAAAAUGUCCCUCAGAACCAAGUCCCACGCAGACCUGCAGACGGCGGGGAAGCCCUCAUUAGACCACAGCUUGUAUAAAUCUUUCUCCAUGAGCAGCAGCAACGUGAACAAAGACGGACGGUUUGGGAAUGGGAUUACAGAAGAGGUCAAGGUACUCUCCAGGCCAUCGAGGCGGCCCGUGAGGGCGGUGAGACCGGUCAGCGCCGUUAGCUCCAACGGCCCCUUCCUCCAGAUCAAUCACCUGCAAGGGGAACUGGUCAGAAAGAGGAAGGAAUGUGAGGAUCUGAGGAAGGAAAACAAGUAUUUAUCAAACGAGAUCCACAUGGAGCGGAUCAUGAUGCGCACAGAAAAUGAGCUCACCAUGCGGAACCUCAGGACCCUGAAUCAAGAGCUGCAGGCUCAAGUCAAAGAGCUGAGGCAGAAGCUGAGCCACAGCCAGCAGAGGGCGGCGCUGAGCUCCCGCGCUGCAGAGGAGGCCGCAGAGUCCAGGAGGGAGGCGGAGAGGAGCCGGGCCCUGGCCCAGGCCCAGGCCCUCAGCUGCCAGCGGGACAGGGACACCUCCGAGGCUGACCGGGGCCGGCUGAAUAAAGAACAGCAGCAGCUUAGAAAGGAGCACACCGAUUUGCAACUUUCUCUGGCACAAACAGAGAAAAACUACUUUGAAACCAGGCUGAAGCUAGACCGGUUAACAGGUGAAAAUCAAGCCCUUGUGCAGGGGAGCAAGAGUCUGGAGGAGGACAGGGACGAGCUGCGCCUCAAGCUGAGACAAAUCACGAGAGAAAAUGUUCAAAUUAAGGAGAGUGAGCUGAAUUUGAGGCAGAAAGCGGCAGCAUUGGAGGAGGAGAGCAAAAGGGCGUCCCAGGCCCAGCGGGAGGCCGAGGCUGACUGGCGUCUGGCAGAGAAAGAGAGGCGGGAGAAGACAGCCGAGUGCCUCACCUGGAGGGAGAGGUACCAAGAGCUGGCCAACAACCUCCAAGCUCAGGAAGACCUGAGAGCUCAGAGGCAAAGCAAAGCAUGUCAAGCAAACAUCAGGAGCUAUAUGUUGUGCAUGACAGAGAGUGAUCAGCGGGUCAAAAUCCUCAAGAACCCAGAUGGAAGCCCAAAAAGUUUCACGGAGGGCGACCCCGCUUAUAUCUCCGGUCCAGAGUUCAGGGCCGAGGAGCCUGAGAGGAGUCCAUCCAGGGCCAUGUUCAGGAUCUCUGCUCCAAACGCAGGGAGCGAUAUUGGCACAAGUCACUUUGACGAGCUGCCUUCGUUCAGAGGGGAACGGCCCGACUCGGCCCCUCGCAGGAGCAGGAAGGUGGUGGAAUACUUCUGGAUCCCCACAGACCAGGAGUGA